CACAAUGAAACAGACAGAAGCACAGAUUCGUACCAUUGAUGUACGCUAGACAUCACUAGAGACGAAUUCGCGUCGUCUCAGCUUCGGUUUCACUGAUUUCUCCGAGGUCUCUCUGUCUCACUGUGACCAAGACACCAGCCAUAUAAGACCAGAGCGGCGGCGUAGCAGGAGGGGCUGACCGGCUGAGGGCCGCUCGCAUGGCGAACCGAGCGAGGCAGCUCCACGCCGUCUACCUGACGAGCGGGUCCCGCGAGCCUGACAAGUGGGCCCACCUCGUCAGGGAGUACGCCUCCCAUUCCUCCCUCCGGGAAGCCGCCCUCGUCUACGCCAGGAACCUGCCCCGGCGAACGCACCACCAGCCCCUCCUCCCCGUCCUCCUCAAGGCCGCCGUCGCCUCCCGCGCUGAGCCCGGCCUCGGCAGGUCCCUCCACGCGGAGGCCGUCAAGUCCGCCUUCGCCCGCGACCUGCUCGUCGGCACCACGCUGGUGUCGAUGUACUGCAAGUGCGGCGCCCUCGCCGACGCGCGCAGGGCGUUCGAUGAAAUGCCCGAGCGGAACGUCGUCACGUGCAACGCCCUGCUCGCCGGGUACGCGGCGGCGGGCGACAUGGACGGGGCCCUGGCGCUGUUCGGCGGUAUGCCUUCCUGGACGUCCGUCACGUGGGCGACGCUGAUCCGGGGGUUCGCGGAGAAGGGCGACAUCGCGGAGGCCAGGAGGUGGUUCGAGGCCACGCCGCCGGGCAUGCGGACCGUUGUCACGUGGACCGUGGUCGUGCACGGCUACGUGGCCGCCGGGGACAUGGAAACGGCGAGGGAGUUGUUCGAUAGGAUGCCUGCGAGGAACGCGUUUGUUUGGUCGUCGAUGGUCACCGGGUACUUCAAGGCUGGCGACGCCGAGGAGGCGCGGGCGGUGUUCGACAGGAUCCCGGCGCGGAACCUGGUGAACUGGAACGCGCUGAUUGCUGGGUACGCGCAAAUUGGCUGCAUUGAGAAGGCGUUGGAGGCCUUCCAUUCGAUGCUGGAGGAGAGGGUCAAGCCGGACGAGUUCACCAUGGCGAGUGUGCUGUCUGCCUGCGCGCAGCUGGGUUCGCUAGAGCAAGGUAAGCAGAUGCAUGAGUUCAUCAAUCGGAAGCAUAUCCGGAAGAACCACUUCGUGAUGAACGGUCUGGUUGACAUGUACGCCAAGUGUGGUGACCUCGCGUAUGCGCGAUACAUCUUUGACAUCAUGCGAUGGAGAAACACUGAAUGCUGGAACUCCAUGAUCUCUGCACUUGCUAGCCAUGGCCAGAGCGAUGAGGCGCUUCGGCUGUUCUUCCAGAUGGAGCGUUCGGAGCAGAAGCCUAAUGCGAUCACACUUCUUGCUGUGCUUGGAGCUUGCACGCACGGAGGAUUUGUGGACGAAGGCUUAAGAAUCUUCAAGAAGUUCCAUGUGUAUGGAGUUGAGGCUAGAGUGGAGCAUUAUGGAUGCUUGGUUGAUCUCUUAGGCCGUGCUGGAAAAUUGAAGGAAGCCUACGAGAUUGUCAAGAACAUGCCUGAGGAACCCAACGAGGUGAUCUGGGGAGCGCUGCUUGGAGCCUGCAGAGUGCAUGGUGAUGCAGAGAUGUCAAGAUGGGUAUCGGAUGAGAUCCAUCGAUUGCAUUCUGGUCGUGCAUUGUCUAAUGAUGCAGAGUACAUCAUGCUGUCAAAUCUCAUGGCUGCUUCGGAGCGGUGGGAGCAGGCAGAGUACGUGAGGAGGAAAAUGGCGCGCCAUGGGAUUGAGAAGACUCCAGGGUGCAGUUCACUUGAGAUUGACAUACCUGAAUGCCAAGUGUAUGCAGGCAGUAGACAGUAGUAGUACAUUAUGCCAACUGCCAGCUACAUUACUGUAAGUUUGUUCAUUUAUUUUUCUCAGGUUUUUUGGUGAUCUGAUCCCAGUAGCUGACUCACAAAAAAAACAUAUAGCGACCAUUACUUUGGUGUAAUUAAACUUGUGGCUGGAGUCACUAAACUUCCAUGGGUUUAUUUCCGAAAGUUCGUACAUUCGCAAAAUAAACCCACAAGAAACUAUCGUAUUGUAGUCAAUACAUUUCUAUGUUUUUUUAUUUGCGUUGGCAUAUGAAAUAUA